AUGUCCACUAACGAUAUCGAUAUCGAGAACCAAAGCGCGAUUGCUGCACCAUCCCCACAACCCGAAAUCCAGGAAUCGGUACCAAUGGCAGUCCCUGAAGACCCUCAAAGUCAGGAACAACAAUACAACGAGCGGGGAGACACAGGAGGAAAAUAUCCCUACAUUGAUAAGAUCAUUGAAUUGAGUGAAACGGAAGCACGGUAUGGCAGAAUUUGAAAGAUGGAAGAAGGUUCUGACUAUUCAGUAGAUAUGAAGCUCAGGCAAGGAAAUGGCAAUACGAAUUAAAUCUCACCCCGAGAUCUGAAAUAAACGAUUUCGAGACAUAUACGGCAACGUUUGAUCAGCUUUUCGGCUAUAUUGAAAGGAGCCGUGAAUGUGGAAAUCCAUGUUGUUACAACCUUUAUUGUCAAGGUUGUGUCGAGAGUCCAAUCUGCGCUAUAUUUGACUUCACAUCCGAUGACAAUCUGUCGGCACAGAGCUUCACAAAUACGGAGAUCGAGGACAAAUUCUGUGAGGCCUUGGAAGCGCCAUCUUCCAAUGUCAAGACCCGCAUUAUUCUUGUAACUCUGUGGAAUACUAGUCAAACCUCUGAAGUAAACCCGCACGACAUCCCUCCUAAAACAGAUUUUUGGCCAAAUAUGCCCGGUGCUAAGUUGACUAACUUUCUGGGAACGAAGUACGACUUGGAUCCACUGUUCUAUGAUCAGAUAAUGUCAGAUAGAGAACGAGACUUUUGGAAGAAAGGUCAGGGGCAUGGAGAGAGACAGAAGUCUUCAACAAGGUAUAAUUUUAUGAAACAAAUAGAACCGAUAUAUCUACUCCUUGGGUUCAACGAUGUUGCAAUAUGGGAAGUGGCACCUAGAUUAUGGGGAGUUAUGAAAAUUGGGUGCCCAGGUCCAGAUCAGAAAACUGGUGAGUUGUUGAUUCUUUCCCUGGAAUGUAUGAUGUUGGUGGUAAUAUAGUGCUGAGUUUUGUAGUGAUUCUGUUUCAUCUUCCACGAUUAUCUAUACAAGCAAGUUUUAGCAACGUCAUUUCUGCUAUUGAUAGAGAAAAAUGUUGGAGCUGUAUGGCCACGCAUGGCAAGGAAAGGGUUUUAGUCAUGAUAGAAAGAAUCCAGAAAUUUGGCUCCAUCGAUAUGAAAACUGCCAACAAUUCCCCCUAAACUUCUUGAUACCAGUCUUGGAAACAUUCGAACUUCAUUUUGUUCAACGUAUCACAAUCAUGGAUUUCAGAAACCGCAGCUCUGAUGAGCUUUUCUCAAAAGAGACCGACGAUGUUUUGCGCAUGGCAUGGGAAGCUGGUAGAUCAGCAAUCGAGGAUUUCCAAAUCAUACUGGAUCAAAUUGACGACUAUUCCGACAGGUUAACAUCAGAAACUGCUAAUGCAGAGAGCAAGAAACUGAAUUUCUUCAUGAAGAGAUGCAGGAGGACUUUGAGUAGAGCACGAUUAUCCGAGCAGUAUCUUCGUGACAAGAUUCAAAUUAAUGUUGGAACCUUGUCUCUUGAGGAAUCUCGAAAAUCAAUUCAACAAGCAAACUCGAUCGGUCGAAUCUAUUUUUUUGGGUUCGUGUUCUUACCACUGUCACUUGUUAUGUCAUUCUACGGGAUGAACAUCAAUGAAAUCCCAGGCUAG